CUUGCAAAACAACGGAAUCUGCAGAGUGCACAUUGCAUUACACCGCGGGAGUCGGUACUACACCAAAAGCCGAAAUUCGUUAUUAAUUUUUUUAUUUCGCAAAUUACCACUAAAUUAAGUUUGUGUUUUAAGUUUUCAACAUUGAUUUAUUUACGUUGUUUUCAACUAUCACGAGCAAUUAUCCUAGUUAGUUUGUUAACGGAAUAGUGUUUCUUUAUUUUUAAACGAUGUUUGUUGUGUUUGUUAAAGUGUGAAGUGAUUUUGCAUAAGUUCAAGUGAGUGCUAUGGCCGAAGGAAAUGGUGAGGUAUCAGAAGAGCCAAUGAAAAUUGAAGGGGAACCCGAGAGAACCGAAGACUAUCAGAAAUUACUAGAAUAUGGCCUCGAUGAGAAGGUGGCGGCAAAAUUAGACGAGAUAUAUAAGACUGGUAAACUAGCACAUGUCGACCUCGACGAGAGAGCUCUCGAUGCUCUCAAAGAGUUUCCCGUUGAUGGUGCCCUUAACGUUUUGGGGCAGUUCCUCGACUCGAAUUUGGAACAUGUGUCGAACAAAUCAGCGUAUUUGUGUGGCGUUAUGAAAACGUACCGUCAAAAGAGUCGGGCCGGAUCGAGUCAAGGCACGACAACGCCGGCUCCAGCGCCCGUCAAAGGACCUGACGAAGAGAAGAUCAAACAAAUUCUGGAUAGGACGGGGUAUACACUGGACGUUACUACAGGCCAACGCAAGUAUGGCGGUCCACCACCAGGUUGGGAUGGGUCGCCGCCAGGCGCCGGCUGUGAAGUUUUCUGUGGCAAAAUCCCGAAGGACAUGUAUGAGGAUGAACUCAUACCUUUAUUUGAAGCAUGCGGCACUAUUUGGGAUUUACGGUUAAUGAUGGAUCCGAUGACGGGGACGAAUAGGGGGUAUGCGUUCGUGACGUUCACGACACGAGAAGCUGCCCAACUAGCCGUCCAAAAGCUGAAUGAUUAUGAGAUACGGAAAGGCAAAAAGAUUGGCGUAACCAUAUCUUAUAACAAUCACCGGUUAUUUGUGGGCUAUAUUCCAAAGAACCGGGAUCGAGACGAUCUCUUGGAAGAGUUUUCCAAACAUGCACCCGGCCUCAUGGAAGUCAUAAUCUACAGCUCGCCAGACGACAAGAAGAAGAAUCGCGGCUUCUGUUUCCUGGAGUACGAAUCUCACAAAGCCGCCUCGUUAGCCAAACGUCGUUUGGGCACGGGACGCAUCAAGGUGUGGGGUUGCGAUAUUAUCGUCGAUUGGGCAGACCCGCAAGAAGAACCGGACGAGCAGACCAUGUCCAAGGUGAAGGUGUUGUACGUGAGAAAUUUAACGCAAGAGAUCACUGAAGAAAAGCUCAAAGAAGCUUUCGAAGCGUACGGAAAAGUCGAACGUGUGAAGAAAAUUAAAGACUACGCUUUUAUCCAUUUCGAAGAUCGAGAGAAUGCCGUUAAGGCCAUGGAAGAGUUAGAUGGGAAAGAAAUGGGCGGGUCCAAUAUAGAAGUAUCUUUAGCCAAACCUCCGUCCGAUAAAAAGAAAAAAGAAGAAAUUUUGAGAGCGCGUGAAAGACGUAUGAUGCAGAUGAUGCAAGUGCGUGGAGGAAUGAUGCCAGGUAGUAUGCCUCUGAGGGGUCAGCCUGGACAGGCGAGGAGCGGUGCCGGUAUGAGAGGACCUAUGGGCCGUGGGGACUAUGAUUAUGAUUACGACUAUUACGGGUACGGGGAUUAUCGAGGCGGCUACAGUGACCCAUAUUAUGAUGACUAUUACCGGUAUGAAGAUUACUAUUACGAUUAUCCGACGGCGCCGACGCAAUCCCGAGGGAGAGGCAGGCAACCACAACCGGAACUGGAUGAAGGAGGCACGUUGAGUUCGACCAGCGUGUACUACGAAGUUAGCAGUGGGAAUCAGGCUGGCCGUGGGCGUGGGGUGGUGGCACGUGGCCGGGCCGGUGGGCCCCCAGCCCGUGGGGCGGCGGCCAACCGAGCGGGCCGGGGAGGAGCAGCAGGGGGCCGUGGGGCAGCACGCCAAACCGCUCGUGGAGUGGGCCGCGCCAAGGGAAGUUUACCAGCAGGUAAACGGAAAUUUGACGGGGGUCACCAGAACCAAGGGGAGACAAAGCGCAGAUACCAGAGCAACUGGGGUAGCCAGCCCCUCCCGCAGCAGCCGCUGGGGGCGGACGUCAACGGAGAGCAGCAGGCGUGGUACCAGGAUUCGUAUGGGUCCUGGAGCUAAGUGAUAGGACAGUGCAGCCCACGGUGGGACUGAGUGCGAGUGGCCCUACGUCUGGGCAAGGGUAGGCGCACCCUCUAGUGCCUGCUGGUGUGCGCCUGCGCCCUACUUAGAGGAACCCAACAGCUGAUGGUGUCCCCAUACUAUUUUAAUUCAUUGCUAAAUAUCUAUCUGCAUUCGUUUUUAAUAAUUUGUUGAUUUGGUUAUUUCGUAUACCAUGUUGGUUUUUCAAAAUUUUUAACUGUGUCGUUUCGAGUUCAUUUGAAAAUUGAAUUGUAUAAGUUAUUUUUUUUAUUAUGUUUUAAUGUUAUUUGGGUGAUGUGUCCCCUUGCUCUGGAGGUUACAUCGCAGGGACGUCGCCCGUCGUUAUAGUCUCGGUGCAGAUUGAUGUCCCGUCUUUUCACAGGUCGGGACGUAUAGUUUGCACUUUAUUCUAAUUCUUCUCUUGUGUUUUUUAUUAUUUUUUUUUAUUACUUAAUUGCAACCCGACAUCCCAGGUGUCACAUCACUGCAUAGAUUCGGUUUUAAACGUGGUUUUGUAAAUUUAAAAAUUCGUCUGUUGGCUGUUUUAACUAACACUGACUGUAUGGAAGCAUGGGUUUGGCACUGUUUAGCGCGAUCGGUGGUUUAGCACCGAUCGGGCAGGGCAUGGAGGGACUGCACUCGGUUCAUGCAGUGUCCUGACUAAAAAGAUCGUUGCUCAUGAAACGAGUGAGUUUUAUUAUAUGUAUAAUAUAAUUAUAUAUUUUAUUCCUGCAAAUGCAUUUUUGCAUUGUGAUGUAUUUUAGCAGUAAUUUAAGGAGUUCAAGCAUAUACUUCUGUUUCCGGCACCGGAUUAACAAUUACAGUUCAGCUCCAGACAGUAAUUAAUAUUACAGCUAAAACACUCAAUUGCAAUGUUAGGCUCAGUAUCAUGGUUAUUGAUUUUAAACGGUAAUUGUAUCGGUUAUUUUUACUUGAUUUGCUUUUUUGCUUCCCUGGCAUGUCCCUUUCAGUACACUGUAACAAAGUUGAUCUGUCCUUUUAAUCUUUAGUGUGAUGUAGCUAAUCAAUUGACAUUAUACUGUAUUAGAAUUAUAUACAUACUAUCACUAUAGUAACAAAUUGCCAUUCACUACAACUACUCCAACCAGCUGAUUGUCGUGGUUGCUGCGACGCGUCCGACGGCUACAGGAUGUGUCCACGUCUCGCACCUUGGUUGAGGACAGCAUCUUCUAGCCCUCGGCCAUCGCGGCAUCCACACGGUGAACCGUCAUCAAAUCCGCCGUCACGACUGUACUGUAUUGUGUGCGAACAUGGUCGGAGUCGCCAGCUUCGAACUUGAUGAUUUGUUAUGAUGUAUAUCGUCUAUCGAUUAAUUCUGAGAUGACUGAUGAUUUAUAUGUCUCAAUAAACAGUUGUAUGUGUAUUACAUUUUAAA